AAAGCAAGAAACACUCGUACAAUCUGCCUUGGAUAACUGAAAGCACAGCAUUAGCGGAAGUAACCCGUAUAGCUCACUGUCCGUCGUUAAGAGAGGCUCAGUCAUCAAGCGCCAUGUCAAACGAGGAGCGGACUUUCAUUGCCGUCAAGCCAGAUGGAGUUCAGAGGAGACUUGUCGGAGAUAUCAUCAAGAGAUUUGAGCUAAAGGGCUUCAAAAUGGUGGGGAUGAAAUUCAUCCAGGCCCCAGAGUCUCUGCUGAAGGAGCACUAUGCCGACCUGAAGGACAGACCUUUCUUCCCUGGUCUCGUCAGCUACAUGACCUCAGGCCCAGUGGUGGCUAUGGUGUGGGAAGGGUUAAAUGUGGUGAAGACAGGCAGAGUGAUGCUGGGCGAGACCAACCCUGCAGACUCCAAACCCGGCACCAUCCGAGGAGACUACUGCAUCCAAGUGGGCAGGAACAUCAUCCAUGGCAGUGACUCCGUAGAGAGUGCUAACAAAGAGAUCAAGCUGUGGUUCAAACCUGAGGAGCUGUACAGUUACACUAGCUGCUCCAGCAGCUGGCUCUACUGAGGAGCUGUACAGUUACACUAGCUGCUCCAGCAGCUGGCUCUACUGAGGAGCUAAAGGCUACAAAUUGCCCCCAGGCACAGGUCUAGGAUCAGUUUACCAUCCAUAAGAAGGGAAGGGGGAAUAUAAGGGGGCAUUAGAAGGGGGAAUAUAAAUCUCUUCCUGGCCACUGAGGACCACACCACUUCCUGUUCAUCUUCUGUACCCAUUUGUAAUUGGUCCAUCGCUGAUUCCAUUCAUUCCUCUGGACAUAGUUGUCAUAGUGAAAAUGUUUUUUAUUGUCAUUUGUUCAACUUUCCAAUAAAUAAAUAAAAUCACAACCCCUUA